AUGAGUUCUCCAAAGAAACGUAUGGAAAAGGAUGUCAUGGCAUUAAUGAUGAGUGACCACGAUGUAACACUUAUUGACGACUCGAUACAGAAAUUGCACGUCAUAUUCCACGGCCCAAAAGACACCCCCUACGAAGGUGGCGUCUGGAAAAUCAGAGUUGAGUUGCCCGACCAGUACCCCAUGAAAUCGCCUUCCAUAGGAUUCGCCAACAAGAUAUACCACCCCAAUAUAGACGAAAGAUCGGGAGCUGUGUGUUUGGACGUUAUAAACCAGACUUGGUCUCCCAUGUUUGGCUUGUUGAAUGUGUUUGAAAACUUUUUGCCUCAUUUAUUAAGAUAUGCCAACCCCAGUGAUCCUUUAAACACCGAAGCAUCGAAUUUGAUGGGCAAAGACGAGAAAAAAUACGUGGAAACUGUCAAGAAAUACGUCCAGCUGUAUGCUACUAGUACUCAAGUUUUGAACGAGCAGGAAAACGGUGAUGCUGAAGACGACGAUGACGUUGAAUUGAGCGAUGUGGGAAGUUUAUCUAGCGACGAUGGCGACGAUGACGAAGAGAAGGAAGUUGCUGGUGAUUUGGAACUCUAG